AUGAGAUAUUCCAAACGUGCUGCAGUAGGAUCUUUCAAGGUAUUCAAUUUCCUCUUCGCUGUUCACAUUUUUAUGACAUAUGUCGGUCGCUUCAGUUUUAUGGCUGGCCCCUCGAUGUUACCCACUUUCGCCGUAGAGGGUGAAAUUGUUAUAGAAGACUUUAUUACAUACCGCCUUUUUCCAGACAAGAUGAAACGCGGUGAUCUUCUCAUAGUCAGGUCCCCCAUCGAACCCACAAAAGUUAUAUGCAAGCGCUUGAUUGGUUUGCCCGGAGACAUAGUUUGUGUAGAUCCUAGUGGCGUGGUCUACCCAUCCACAGAGCAUGUUGUCGUUCCCAAAGGCCAUGUAUGGAUAAGCGGAGACAAUGCCUUAGCAUCGCGUGAUUCGCGCAUGUACGGGCCUGUUCCUAUAGGACUCGUCAAAGGGCGAGUGUUUGCGAGGGUUUGGCCACUCAAUUCUUUCAAAGUCUUUACAAACCAGAUAUCAUAUAUCGAAUGA